AUGGCGGCAGAAAAGAUCAUCCCCUUGCAUGAAUACGACUCCAUGCCAUUUUUGACAGGCCUAGUCCUGACACUGUUACUAAAAUAUGAUCGGGUGCUCGAUCCGGAUGUCCUUAGAGACGCGAUGAUCAAAUUGAUUGACAGAGAAGGCUGGCGCAAACUCGGCUCCCGGCUCAAGCGAGAUAUGCAAAAGGCCAAAGGCAAUCUGGUCUACCACGUGCCGGCCAAGUUCGACGAAAGCAAUCCAGCCAUCGCCUUUUCCCACGUCCACUACGACACCACCAUGGCCGACCACCCCCUUGCACGGCAGUUCCCCUCGCCCAAGUCCAGCCACCUCAAGGGCCUGCCCAGCGUCGUCCUCGCCCCAGCACCCAUCAUCCCCUUGGCCCGCCGCGCCGACGCCCCGCGCACCAUGGCCGAGCUCAUCGCCCGCGGCCUCCCGCAGCUUCAACUCCACGUCGUCACCUUCCGCGACGGCACCACCGUCGGCAUCAGCUUCCUGCACUCGCUGCUCGACGGCAUGGGGCUAGGCGCCAGCGGGCUGCUGGGUGCCUGGUCGCUCGUGCUGCACGGCAAGGAGGACGAGGUCCCACCCGUCUGCGGCGACGACCAGGACGUGCUGGCCGGCCUGCGCAAGCUCCACCGCCCCACGCCAACCGGGGAAGGCAAGCCCGCGGCGGCCCCUGUCGAGUGGAAGCACGCGCGGUACCUGAUGGGCUCGUUGGACGUGCUCAAGUUCAUCCUGCGCCGCACCUGGGACAUCCUGCGGUACCGCGAGGAGGAGAUGCGGGUCGUGCGCGUGCCGGGUGCGUUUGUGACGCGGCUGCGGGAGGCGGUGCUGGAGCGGCUGGCCACGACGGCGAUGGCUGGGGAUAGCCACGAUGGUGCCGGUGACAGGUCGUCUCUCGAGGGCGAGGCGACAGUCGCAGCCGAGAAAAAGCCGUGGGUCAGCGAGGGCGACGUGCUGGUUGCGUGGUGGAGCCGCUACGCCACUCUGCACCUGGCGAACAAGCCCGACAAGCCGGUCAUCGUGACCAACGCGUACAACAUGCGCAAGAUGCUGGCGGGGACGCUGCUGCCGGCGCCGCCAGGCGACGGCGAGAGGGCGCCCGUCUACCUGGCCAACUGCGCGACGGGGCUCAACGUCUUCACGACGGUCGGGGGUAUCGCAGAGACGGCGGCGACGGCGGCAGAGGUGCGACGGACGCUCGUGGAACUGGGCACGCUCGAUCAGCUGGCCGUCAUGCAGGCCACGGUCCUGCCGGACCCGCGCAAGCUGUGGAAGAUGCGCAUGGCCGGCCUGCCCGACGCCCACAUGUGCAUCUUUACCAACUGGUCGCAGGCCUCGUUUUACCAGAUCGACCUCUCGCCGGCAGUGGUGGCAAGAGGUGAGCAGCAGGCAGGAGACGGGGAGGGACAGGGGCAGGGGCAGGUCCUGCCGAGUUUUGUGGCUUGCAAAAUGGACAGCAAGGUGUGGCCGCAACGUGAUCAGUUUGUUAUUAUCGGUAAGGAUGGCCAAGGGGAUUAUUGGAUUUCUGGAACCUUGCGAAAAGGGUUGUGGGCCAAGAUUGAGGAAGAGUUGGGACAAGAGAAGGUAUGA